ACGGAGAUGUUCGAUCUGGUUUGCGAAACAGUCUCCUCUUAUCGUGUACCAGGAAAGUCGAGGUUUCCGUUGCGGGCUGAGUAGAGCUGAACUCCCGGGGAACCACCGUUUCCUUAAGUGACCGGGAAAAAGGGAAUCCCCCGAGUUCGCUGUUUCACCAAGCGAUUCGCAUAUAAGAGAUCGCACGAGGGUCGAAAAGCCAGUUCUGCUUUGAGCUUUGCACCGAAGAAGCCCUCGAGACCUCUCGCGAAUCCUGAAGAAGAUGACGAAGAUGACGAAGCUGUGUCUGUUCGCCGUUUUGCUGGCCGUAGCGAUCGUCUCGGUGCACUCGGCACCUGCUGAAGCACUCGAAGAGGGCCUUCUACCGGGAGACAAGGAGUUCGAAGACCUGGAAAUGGUCCAGGAAGAGGACAGAGCGGACCGACAUCGCAGAGUGACCUGUGACCUGCUCUCUUUCGGAGGUAAGGUCGGGCACUCCGCUUGCGCUGCCAAUUGCCUCAGUUUGGGGAAAGCUGGGGGAAGGUGCAACGACGGGGUGUGCCAGUGUCGCAAGACCACCUUCGGGGACCUCUGGAACAAGCGAUUCGGCUGAUCCGUCCCCUGCCUCCUGGAAGUCCUCCAGUUCUAUCCUGGCGUACCCAGCAUCACCAAAGUCUGUACUUCGGCUGUGUCCAUAUCUAUGCAUCGUUUCUAUACAAUAAACACUUAACAUUAGCAUGCAAACUUGCUUUUAGCCCAGAAGGACCCAUCAUCACCAAAGUGUCCUUUGGCCGUGUCCACCUCUCAACAUUGUUCCUAUACAAUAAACUCUUAACAUCAGGACGGAAAA